AUGGAGGACCCAGAGCUCUUCACUGAACAGGAGCUCACCUGCUCUAUCUGUUUGGACCUGUUCAACCAACCAGUGUCCACGCCAUGCGGCCACAACUUCUGCCAGGCUUGCAUUGGGGGUUACUGGGCCUCGUCUGCCGUCUGCACCUGUCCUCUGUGUAAGCGGGAGUUCGAGGAGCGCCCCCUUUUGUCUGUGAACCGUAUUUUCGCCGCCAUCGCCCACAAGUUCAAGCUGAAGCGCUAUGGCCCUGAUGAGGAGGGGUUGGGGCCAGCAGGAGCCGAGGGGGCGUGGUCACAAUGGGAGGGCCCAGCAGGGGCCGCGGGGGCAUUGUCACAAGGGGCGGAGCUUGACCUGGAGCGUGUGAAGCUCGGAGAGACUGUGUGGUGCGACGUGUGCACAAGUCUGAAGCAGCCCGCUGUCAGCUCUUGUCUGACCUGUAUGGUGUCGUAUUGCUCCACCCACGUGGUGCCUCACAAGACCACGCCCUUUUACUCUAGACAUACCCUCCUUCACCCACAGGAGGCGCUGAAGGGCCGCACGUGUGAGCAGCACGACCGGAUGCUCGAGGUCUUCUGUCGCUCCUGUCAGAAGUGCAUCUGCGCCAUCUGUGUCCUGGAGGAACAUCGCACUCACAAGACUGUGUCUGUGCAGACGGAGAGACUCAGCAAACAGAAACACGUUGCCAGGUUGGAGCAGGACAUCGUGACAAGGAUCAAACACAGAGAGCUGCGUCUGAACGAAGUGGGCCGCAAACUGGACUCAGUUAAGGCGUACACAGACGGCGAGGUCUCAGAGGUGGACCGGCUUCUGGACUCAGUGGUCCAGGCCGUGGACCGGAUCAGGACUCAAGUCGUGGGCGGGAUGCAGAUAGAGCUUGAUGCCGUGAUGUCACAUGGGGCAGAGCUUACAAAUCGACUAGAGGCGGAGCUUAAAGAGCUCAAUGUCAAACGCAGCGAAUUGGAGACUGUUGCUACGAGCCAAGACCAUAUACGGUUUCUACAGAGCAUGGACUCGGUGGUGCCCCCCGCAGACUCUCAGCAGGAGGACGAGGAGCCGCUGGGGCUGCAGUUCCAUUUGUCGGAGGUGAAGUCUAUGCUGAUCCACGUCGCAGACAAGAUGGCCGACGUGCGCAUGAACCAAUCACAGACGCCGUCCAGAGAGGAGCAUGACGCCUACGCUCCCAUGCCGCUGUAUGACCAGAUGGCGGCCGAGAGUCUUAUGAGUCUGAACCAGAGCAGCACCAGCCUCCGCCGCAGUCACUGGAACGUGAAGGAGACCAAGAAGAACAAACUGGUCACAGGACACAAGAAAGCCAAAGUCUACAUGGAGGAUGUGGUUCUCAACCCGGUGUCUGCGUACCCGUUUCUCAUUCUGUCUGAGGAUCGAAAACAGGUGAAACGAGGAGAAAAGUUGCAGUUCUACAGAAACAGUCCUCAGCGUUUUGACGUGUGGUCGUGUGUCACCGCAAAGGACGCCUUUGUCACAGGACGCCACUACUGGGAGGUAUUUGUGGGGGAGAAUAAGGACUGGAAAGUGGGCGUGGUCUCUGAGUCUGGGCAGAGGAAGGGGCUGUUCGACAUGAGCCCUCCCAACGGCUACUACGCCCUCUGGUGGAGCGGAGGACAGCUGCGCGCACUCACGGCCCCACCACUCACAAAGGUGAAGGCUCCGCCCCGCCUCAGGCAGGUGGGCGUGUACUUGGACAUGGACGUAGGACAGGUCUCCUUCUUCAACUCUAAAAACGGAGCAGAGAUUUACAGCUUCAACAACAAGAGCGAGUUGACAGAGAGAAUGCUCCCCCUGCUGGGCACGGGCGAUAAGGAUGUACCCCUGGUGCUUAUGACGCAUGCCAGCUAA